GGGAGCGCGGCGGCGGCCGUGGCCGCUUCGCAGUGCGGGAUGGAGCCCGCUGGCCUCACUCUGAAGCUGCUGCUGGUCGGAGACAGCGCCGUGGGGAAGUCCAGCCUCCUGCGGAGGUUCACGGACGGCGCUUUUGAGCCGUGCCUGAAACCCACAGUCGGUGUUGAUUUUAAAGAGAAGAAGAUGGUGGUGGAGGGCCGUGCAGUACGGCUGGCCAUAUGGGAUACAGCAGGACUGGAGCGUUUCAGAACACUGACUCCCAGUUACUACCGAGGAGCUCAAGGAGUUGUUUUAGUGUAUGAUGUUACAAGAAAAGACACUUUCACAGGAGUAGGAAAAUGGCUGAACCAGCUGGAAAUGUACACCAGCAGCAGCGUUGUGAAGAUGUUGGUUGGCAAUAAAACCGAUAAGCCUGACCGGGAUGUAGAGAGAAAAGAAGCGCUGCAGUUUGCUAGGAAACACUCACUGCUUUUCAUAGAGACCAGUGCCAAGACAGAGGAUGGAGUGCAGCACGCCUUUGAGGAGCUGGUGAUAAAGAUCCUGCAGACUCCAGAUCUUUGGGAGGAAAGCCCCGACAAGGAGGGAGUCCAGCUCAGGGAAUCUUCAGCAGAGCAGAAUAAGGGGUUCUGUGGUGCCUACUGUGCACUAAUUUAAAAGUUCUGCCUGACUGGGGGGACUUGAAAAAAGGAAAAGGGCUGGGGGUGGGAUUCCAAGCACCAAUCUGUGCCGUGUUUGAUGUGCCAUCAGUUGUGCAGAUCCAAAACACAAACUCAUUAGCAAAAUAUAUUUUUAUUCAUUAACAAAAUACAGUUUCUCCUUCCCUUUUGCACAACUGCUGUCUGCAGGUAUUUUUCUGGUAGCUCUCAGAUUUUUCACUGUUAAAUCAAAGUGCUGCUUAGAGCAUUGUGCUCUUGCUGUAUGACAUUCAACAUGGACUUUUGCUGGAAUUCCUGCCUUAGCAUAAAUAAGGUGGCAUUCAAUUCUGGAAUAUUAUUGAGAAGCCUCUCUUCCCUGGGAUGGCAUGGGAGGCUUUUAGGCACCUAAGUUACCUUAAUGUAGUUACUCAUCAGGAGUUACCCUGAGCAGUGGACAGUUUCCUGAUUUUGGAUGGUUUUAAAAAGUCAAAAUCGCUCAAUGUCCCCAGACAGUAAGCCGGGUCACUAGUUAAUUCCAGGGUUGUGUUGAAGAGGAUGCAUCUUUUCACACGUGUCAGGAACACCCCCACUUCCCCUGCAGGACACUGUGGGUGGCUCUGUGCUGUUCUCUUGGCACUGAGGAUCAGGGAUGAAAUGCACUCAGCAUUUUGGGCUGCCCCACACCCUGGCUGUGGUUUUGCAGUCGCUGUGGUUCUCUGCAAACCCACGGCCUCGUCCUCUUCCAGCAACCACAGUGGUAAAUCUCAGUUUCAUAGAAAAUACGCUGCCUGUGGGAGACUUUCCACUAGGGUGAGGCUGUCACCAAUCCCACUACGACCUUUUUGUAUUUUACACUUUUAAUGACAAUAUUGUAUUUUGCUAAUUUACAUUAAAAUAACUGGAAGUUUAAGGUGUACCUUGGAUAUAACUUGUACCUUGCUUUUGUUAAUGCAUGUUUCUACUAUUAGGCUAUGUUAGAUCAUAAACAUACAGCUUUAUCUACUGCUAGUCAUUCAAAAUAUUUUUAAAUGUUAUGAUAGCAACCUUUCUUUAAAUAAAUUCUGACCCUUAGCUUUUUAAACGUAAAUUUGAAUCUUCUAAAUGUGUUUAUGUCUUGCAGACUAUAAAAAUCUAUUUGUAACUUGAAAUACAGACCUAGGGUGAGAUCA